CUUGACACAUAUGCCUGGAUACUGCUGUGUUGGAUAGGGGAGGUAGACAAACCCGAACACACGAGACGAUAAAACAUGUAUGGGUCCCACGUGAAACAAGUUUGUUUUACGACUCAUAGGCUACUCGUCAUCGAUUGACGUUAUCAACAACUGGAGCUGUCCAUGGCUUUAAACUGCUCAGCAGUGUGCGUCAGAGCCCAACAAGAAAAGGCGACGAAAAUUUGCAGUUCUUCGUAUUUCCAAGACUUUAGCAUCUUCCAGUGUAAAGGUGAAAUAACAUUUGGCAGUAGGCCUAUAAGAAAUGUAGACGCUGGACAUUGUAAACCCAGUUAAUUUGAAACUUAGGUUACAUUAAUGUGAGAGAGCAGACCGGAACACCAAGAAACGGACGGUCCUUUUCUGUCUCAUGACGGACACAUAAACUUGGUGUUAAAUUCUCCAAGUUUAUAAGUAAAAAGGGGUUCAAGGCAUCCACGCUUGCUCCAGCUUUUCAGCGCUUUUCAACUUUGUGAGAUUAGCCUACCUUUUGAGUUAGUAGUUUUCCCUUUAUUUUUCUAAUUCGUAGAUAUUUCUGUCCAUUACAGCCCAUCAUCAUGCUCCCAGCUCAAGAAGCCGCUAAAAUCUACCACACCAAUUACGUGCGUAAUGCUCGCGCAGUCGGGGUCCUCUGGACCAUCUUUACCAUCUGCUUCGCCAUAAUCACCGUGGUGGUGUUCAUCCAGCCCUACUGGAUCGGAGACAGCGUCAACACCCCGCAGGCCGGGUACUUCGGCCUCUUCCACUACUGCAUCGGGAACGCGCUGACCUCGGAGCUCACCUGCAAAGGAAGCGCGCUGGAUUUCGGUUCCAUCCCGUCCGGCGCCUUCAAAACGGCGAUGUUCUUUGUGGGGAUCUCGAUGCUGCUCGUGGUGGGCAGCAUCAUUUGUUUCAGCUUGUUUUUCUUCUGUAACGCGGGAAGCGUUUAUAAGAUUUGCGCCUGGAUGCAGCUGGCCUCCUGUACUUGUAUGGUGAUUGGCUGCAUGAUCUACCCAGACGGCUGGGACUCGGAGGAGGUGAAGCGCAUGUGCGGCCAGCGGACAGACAAGUACACCCUGGGGAACUGCACAGUGCGCUGGGCCUACAUCCUGGCCAUCAUCAGCAUCAUGGACUCACUCAUCCUCUCCUUCCUCGCCUUCAGCCUGGGAAACCGACAGGACAAGCUGCUGCCAGACGACUUCAAGGUGGAGGGCAAAGACGAUGCCUGACAUCUCCAACUGAAGAUCGAGAUUUUUUUCCAACUCAAGAUGAAAAAAUAUGAUCUGUUGGUUGAGAACUUGUUAGAUAGCCAUUUCGGUAAUUCCCCCUAAAAAAGAGUGAAUCAUGAACAUGAGUUAAUAAUGUAAUCAUGUUUCAGAGACUACAGAAACAGAUCUGCUAAGUUUUAAGCUAACGUAUUUUUGGAUCGUAGAGAUGGGAGUUCAGCUUGAUGAAAUACAUUAACAUUCAAAAUAAUUAUGCAACAAGAAUUCCUGAUGCAGUAACACCUUGGAGCAAUACAGAUUUGUCAGUGACAAUAAAUUA